AUGAACCAAGAGGACAAGACACGUCAAAAGAAAACGACCGAGAAGACGAUGCGAUUCAAGGCCAGCUCACCGACGGUACCAAAUCCAGCAAACUCCCUGUCACGACAGCCACGACAAUCCCUGAGACCCAUGCUUGUAGUCAACAAAGCAUUAGACUCAGAAACACCCAAACAGGUGGUCUCAACAUCCCAACUCUCGGAUAAAGAGAGGUUGUGGAACCAAAUCUGCGCAGCUAAAUCAGCUAACGACGACUCAACCGCCGACUUCCUUCUCAGGAUAUAUCUCUCUUUGCCUAAGGAUGAGACACCCCCUAAUACGAAUACGCUACAACCUCCAUCUGUCCACCGAUCGGCCUCUGCUACGGCAUCGCUACCGACACAAAAGCAACCCUUGGAUAAAAGCAUCAACUUCAUCAGGGGCUCCAUCCCAAAUCAUUGCGACAUUGGAUUCACUCCUUUUUUCGACAAGAACAUCCGCGAGUUCAAAGGGCCUUUGCUGUUAGAAUACGAGUUUGCACAACUGCGUAUACAGGAUACGCAGUCAUGCAAAAACUCAAGCGCAAUUUUCACUCUCCUCAGAACACUAGACCUAACCUAA